GCCUGGACUGAAGCAUAGAUCUGCCCACUGACACUGAAACACUGAAACAGAGAGACACUCCUGCUGCAUCGCUAGCUCUCGGAGCGCAUCCUAAUCAACUCUAGCUAUUUAGCACAACAGCCACAACAGCAGAAGGGCGAGAUUUCCAACACUCUCCCCGGUCUACAUGAACUGCUGGUGGACGAGCUGAACGAGUUGAAUCUGGUUGAGUUGUUUUUGUGGAAUAAAGUGGUAACACCCAGCAGGAAAGGAAAAAUCUGCAGAACUAUUAUAACUACAAAACCCAGGAGUGAGUCAGAACUGUGGAUUAUUGCAGAACUAUCAGGCUACUACACACGUGAUUGUCAUAUAAUCUCUUCUCUACAAUGAUGGACCUGGAGGAAACUGAUUAUGGCAAUGUCUCUUAUGAAUAUAUGGAGUAUGGGGACUUUGAAGAGUUGAAAGAAGAGACUUAUGUCCAGAAGGAAACUCUACAUAUUAUUUCUGUGGUCAUCUAUUCUUUAGCGUUUGUGACUGGUGUAACUGGGAAUGGCAUUGUGAUCUGGGUCACUGCUUUCAAAUUCAAACGGACAGUUAGCAGUGUGUGGCUGCAGAACCUUGCUAUUGCUGAUUUUGUUUUUGUCCUUUUCCUACCCUUAUCCAUUGAUUAUGUGCUGCGUGACUUUAAUUGGAUCUUUGGUUGGGUAAUGUGCAAACUGAACUCUUUUGUGUGUACAAUGAACAUGUAUGCUAGUGUGCUGUUCCUCACAGUGCUCACUCUGGACCACUACAUUUCUCUCGUGCACCUUAGUUGGUACCAAAUGUUCCGUACGGUGAAGCGGGCCUGGGGAGUCUGUGCAUUGACCUGGGUCAUGUCCGGCCUCUUAAGCAGUCCAGCUCUAAUAUUUAGAGAUACACUACAAUAUCACAAAAAGGUUGUGUGUUUCAACAACUUCCAUGAUGAUCCAAAUGUCAGUAAGGUGAGACACAUUUCUAUGGUGACUCUCCGCACCCUAGUUGGCUUCCUCCUGCCAUUCCUCACCAUCAGUGUGACUGCCAUAUUAUUGGUUAGAAAGAUGAAGCAGUUCAGCAAUGUACGCUUCUCCAGAUUCUCCAAAAUGAUCUCAGCAGUUAUCGUCGCUUUCUUCCUAUGCUGGGCGCCAUUCCACACCUUUAGCCUUAUGGAGCUCACUAUGCACCACUCACUCUCGCUGGGUCAUGUCCUGACUGUGGGCUUCCCUCUGGCCACCAGCUUGGCUUUCUUCAACAGCUGCAUCAAUCCCAUACUCUAUGGGCUGCUCAAUAAGAAAGUGUGGGCAAUUGUCAAGGGUUCCUGCAAAAGUCUCACAAAGAACUCACUGAGAGAGGUCAGCCACAACCUAUCUGCCACUGAGACAGCUUCACUUCCACCCAGCUGCUCACCUGAAGAGUCCUCUCCCUACACUAGUGUCUGAAGGAUGAGCUCUACAUCACUACCAUCACUAAAAAGCUUGCUGACAUUUGUGAUAAGAUUUGUAUUUCAUGUAUGUAUGUGCUUUAGAAAUCUGAUCAUAUAGAAAAAUAUUAAUUUUCUAUGCAAUCUAUUUUUAACUUCAAAAACUUAAGGAUCUUAAAACUUCUCUAUCAUUCCCAUAAAACACUAAUUGUAGGGAGUUUUUUUAUCAUUUGCUUUCUUUGGAGUUGGUCUUGUUUGGGUGCCAGAGUAUAAUGACUAUAAAUUUCUCAGAGUGGAAAACAUGAGCAAGUUCUGUCCCAACCACAUUUCUCAGACUUGGUGAAAGUAGAAACCAAAAAUCUUCUCCAUUAUAGGACUUGCCGUCCCCGUGAUGACCCUCAUUAUGCAAACAAGGCACAAGGGAGAGAAAUGUCCAGUUUCAUUUGAUCUUCUUGACCUUAUGUAUUUUUGUAUGUUAAUAUUUGCUUACUUGGAAGUAAUUAAAGCAUGGAUUCUCGUUCGUA